ACGUGCAAAAGACCGUAGUUUCAAUUUGCCCUAUUUCAAAAUGCCAAGUUUUUUUGUUACUUUUCUGAACAUCGACGAAGGUCCUUCGUAUAGUAUUGGCCGGUGAAUUCAAGACUAAUUCACAUAAUAAAUUUGAAAUAAUUUAUGUUAUCGAUUUUAUACGGGGAAUAUAUGUUGGUGAACUCUCUGUAGAAAGAUGUACGCUGUACUGUAUUACGAUUUUUAAAAAAACCCAUAAAGUUCUCUCCCUGCGUCAAAGGGGUUCUUUGCGACGAAAUUCACUCUACCACGAAUUUUGUCUGUAUUCAUGACACGAAAUUAGAAUUUUCAUGGGUAAAAAACUAUGAAGAGGUUCAUGUGAAUAGGCAGAUAUUUGUGUAAAUACCCUGAAACUACGCUUAAGCAAAAGCGCGUCAUGCAGUAUUCGUUGAAUGUGGAAUUUUAUGGAUUUAAUCCCUAGUAAAGCUGAUCUUUUCUGUAAGAGCAGUAACAUUCACUAUGUUGCGGAUAGGUUAUCAUGACGUACAGUAUCAUCACCUUGUUAAUCCGAUGGAUUUUGACUGGAAUCCUGCUCAAAAAAGCUCUAUACUGCGUGACUUCGUCCCCAGACGAAAAUAACUUCAUUUUGAAGAAUGUCUUCGCUUGGGGAAGAUGGUGGACAGGAGGCGAUUGAGACUGAGAUUCCGUUGCCAGACCGUCGUCAGGAGCCGGAAGAGAUGGAAGCGUUGGUUGCCAGCGAGGAUGUCGAGAUUCUGUGGCAGCGACCGACUCGGGGCGACGAUGUCGGUGGCGGCGGCGGCAUCAACAGGUCAUCGUCGUCUCAAGUGACACUCAGUCCGGCUGUCGGUGCCCCGGUCAUGGUUCAGCUUUCCGCCGACCUCCCGAACUGGGUGUCAGCAAAAUUCCUUAUCAACGUGGUCGACGAACCAGGCACGGAUGAUGACGAGGCCCCGACAGAGGACAAAGUAGAGGUUGAACUAGAAGAUGGUCAUGUUCAGGAGUUGCCAACGGACCGAGUGGCCUUCCAACCCCGGACGGAUUCUAUUCUGGAACUAGGCAUGUUCGUGUUGGAAGCGUUGGUUGCCAGCGAGGAUGUCGAGAUUCUGUGGCAGCGACCGACUCGGGGCGACGAUGUCGGUGGCGGCGGCGGCAUCAACAGGUCAUCGUCGUCUCAAGUGACACUCAGUCCGGCUGUCGGUGCCCCGGUCAUGGUUCAGCUUUCCGCCGACCUCCCGAACUGGGUGUCAGCAAAAUUCCUUAUCAACGUGGUCGACGAACCAGGCACGGAUGAUGACGAGGCCCCGACAGAGGUAAGUAUCCAUUGUCCCGUGACCCAGUUUGCGAUUCCCGAGCGCCGUGAAUGCAUGCGAACUUGCCAAUGUCUGGUGUUCGGCGAUGACGACUCUUGGGAAUUGGCAUUCUAUGCUCAACCUAGCGAGUUGUGGGUGAUGUUGGCCAAGCCUGGUGGUGGACAUCAUCGCCAUCAUUACGGCAGCUCAACGUCCGCCCUGUCGUUGCAGCAAGUUCACGCUCGUCGAGCGUACAUGCAUCAGGGACCCGAACGAAUCCUGCUGAAUUUGCGUGUGGACGAGGAAGUGGACGUGAUUUGGGGCCCACGUCAAUUGUAUCGUGCCAUUGUUGAGCACGUUGAUGCAGGUUUGGCUCGCUUAAACGUGGUGGACGCCAAACAACAAAUCACGAUUUGGCGCGGCUCGAAGCUUCUUUGGCCCGUGUGUCAGGCCUAUGCUGAACGCCGCCGAAAAGCUGAGGUCAGUCAGGGUGACCUGAUCUCGUCGAAUGCAUCAUCAACCAUCGGCGAGAAGAAGGAGAAUCGACAGAAUUUGGGGACCAAAACGUCGACGAAGAAUAAAGAGACUGCUCGGAAGGCAGGAACGAAAAGACCGCGACUUUGCCCUGGGAAUGACGUGGAGAAAACUCUUGGCAAGUUGCAAACGAAGGAUGACGUGAAGGAAGAAAAAAACGCCUUCAACGCGAACAGUUUAAUUUCAAAAGUCCUUUUUGGGGUUGAUCCGAUGAAGGAAGGUGUAUUGGUGAGGAGGAUUUUCCGCCCGGUGGAAACCCCACGGAGAGUGCAACACACUGGACGAGGAGCCACAUUCAGCGCAAACUCUGGCCCAUGCCGCUUAAAUUGUACGAACAUCAUCAAAAACAAUUCUGCCAAGUUGAUGGAACUCAUGGGCAUUCUGCGGCACAAAUGCCAACUUGGCCUGUUUCAGAUCCCCGCUGUAUUCGGCUACGAACGAGAGGUGAGAAAGUGCAGCAAACCGUUGCCUCGACGCCGGGGUGUGAAUGGAGCGGCCGCAUUAGUAGAAACAGUCACAUACGUUGCACCGUGUGGAAAGCGUCUUACGUCUUUGGAGCAGAUAAUGGAUCACUUGCUGCAGGUGCAGUCGCCUCUUUCCGUCGACAUGUUUUGCCUGCAGCCGAAUGUGAGGACGGACGUUGAGUUUUUGGCCACCGAAUUCCUGGAAGCGGCCAUUUGUGAUACGGACGCUGCGAAAGAACAAGAGGAUUAUGAGUCGCAGCUCGCGUUUUAUGACCCUUGUGACAGCCACAAGGUGAAGCGAGUUCUCAAGCCGCCCCAUCUGGACGUGUCUUGUGGCAAGGAAGUACUCGCUAUUCACUACACGGAUCCAUUCAAGACCGGCGGAGAACCGAAGCUUCGGGAGUACGUUGUGAACAUGCGUUCCGGCAGCGUGGAGUGGGACUACCUGUGUGAAUUUCGUUCAUCUUGCACAUGUACAGAUGGUUGCCUAAAUGCGGAAACAUGUGAUUGCCAGCGUCUCACGAAGGACUUGGCCAACGGUGAAGAGGGGUUGUACAAGUAUCGUCGGCUGUUCUGUAAGGUGCAGACGGGCGUCUUCGAAUGUAAUUCAGGGUGUUCUUGUCGAGACGUUCCUUGGUUGUGUGGUAACCGUGUUGUCCAGCAACCGGUGUCCGUCAAAAUGGAGCUUUUCCUCACAGAUCCGCGUCAGGCGUCCAAGGGAUGGGGUGUGCGAGCAUUGCACGAUUUGCCUUGUGGCACGUUCAUCUGCAGUUACACCGGCGAGUUGCUGUUGAGUCAACAAGCCGAUGAGGAAGGACAACAGUUCACUGACCACUACCUCAUGGAUUUGGAUUACGCGAGUAUCGCGGAAAGAACCAAACCGGGUUACGAGGAAAACGCCGCGCCCAUGUCACCAAUGCCAGAAACCGAAACGGAAGAUCCAGAGAACAGUAAAUGCGAUGGAAAAAAUGAGGCAGGUGAAGCAAAACCCGUGUACCGAAGCUUGAGCGAAUACUUGGGCUCGUCCUACGUUAUUGACUGCAAUGCGUACGGAAAUAUCGGCAAAUUUUUCAAUCAUUCCUGUGAACCGAACAUGUUCGCGCAGAGCAUAUUCAUCGAGACUCAAGAUCCGCGUUUGCACGCGAUCGCCUUGUUUGCCGCGAGGGACGUGGUGGCUGGCGAGGAACUCACUUGGGACUACAACUAUUUGCCAGCAGCCGACUGUGUAGGGCCAGAGACCGACUUGAGCCAGCUGCGGUUCAUGUAUUGCAACUGUGGUGCCCCCGGGUGCCACAAAAAGAGUACAGUACAUAUUGGUCCCUCUUGGGAUUUUUCGAGUGCUGUUUGUGUUGGUAACUUCUGGAAAGAUAUGGAUGAAGGAAUGAGUUGCCGUGGAGACCCAGUGCCAGGGGAAGAAGUACUUGUGAAUCUUGAGCCAGAAGAUAAGGACAGCUGCAUCGAUACAGAGCAACGUUGGCAGCGGGCCACUUUCGUAUCCCACGAACGCGACAAAGGAAGCGGGGUUUUUCGGGUCACGGUCAUCGCUGACAAAGCGAAAAUCAGGGAGGAAAUGCGUCUUGUCCCUGCGAAUCGUCUAGCGGUGAAAACAGUGAUGGCUUGUGUUGGAGAUUUGCUUCUCAUCCCUGCAGUUUCUCUGGAAAAUAGAGAGUCACUGCAGUUCCAAAGGUUUAGGAUUGGCUGGGUGGCCGAGGAAGCAAAUGAGAACAAUGGAAAUAGAUGGCUCGUUCUAACGUCAAAUGUGGAUGAACCAGCUCUCUACCUCCACCCUUCAUCUGAGGACUCCUCUAUUUGGCGCUUGAGUGCGACGACACCGCAAGUCCUGGGACAGCUGUCAAGCCUUCUCUCCUCUCAACUAAAACUAGCAAAAACAGAAAGCCUUGGAAAUGACGAAAAAAAAUGCUACAACGAGCAGAAAUACGAAGAAGCAUCAAUGCUACCCGGCCAACCGGUGCAUGUGGCCUGGGAACCCGGGGCACCAAUGGAGCUGGCCCGAGUCGACCAAAAGGACGCCUCACUCGUGCUUCUCGUGGCUCUCACCCUCGAUAGCGACGGCUCGGAACGCAAAAAGUGGCUUUGGUGUGAAUCUGUCCAGUUGCUGUCGGUUCGACGUCGACUAGCGAAACGCCGAGUGGAAACCCUGCUUCAGACGAGUCUUCCGCCGUCGGUCGAUAAUUCGUCCGCAAUUUUCGACUACGUCUUUCCUCCGAUGACGUCCUCAACUGCACCGACGACGACGGAUGAAAUGAUCGACGACUCUGACGAGUCACUUCUGUCUGUCGGAGGUGUGUUAGUCGAGGCUUUGCGACCAAGAAGAGCUAGAUUUUGGUUGCCUUGUUGCGGAAUGUGGACGAAAAAGCAGCGCGGGACGGAGAUCAAUUACCGUGAAGCCUGUCGCGCGUUUGCUGUCAUGCGGAGGCGCCACCAGCCUGGGCUGCUGGACUAUCCCGGAAUGCUGGGCUACCGGAGAGAAGUGAGCAGCAAGAGCGGUUCCGUGGUUUACAUAAGCCCGUGUCACUGCCGUCGACGCCUGCGAAAUCUGGCCCAAGUCCAGCGUCACCUGAUGGGAAGUCCGUUGCCGUUGUCGGUGGAUAUGUUUUGCUUCAGUGUUCACGUGGUCUCGGGUGUGGAAUUCCUCGCCUACGAGUACGUCAUGACUUCUGUGCCAGCUGCUGGUUUGCCUGAUAUUCGUCUGCAACUGCAACAGCAUCGUCACCAGCAACGGGGGUGCUCCAGGUUGACGUGGAUGCACUUGGAUGACUCGGAUGAUGAUGGUGACGAUGAUGAGACGAUGGAUGACGAAAAUACGAAUUUUCGUCAUGCUGGUCCCUGGGUGGUGACGAAGCUGCGAGAAACUGACGUCAGUCGUGGCCAGGAGGUGCUGCCAAUUCAUUGCCUUGACCAGACGUCUACACCAGGGAUGAUGGACACAGAAUACAUCGUUGUUCCCGUCGUCACUAAUUAUGUCCCGUUGCCAUUUGAUAAACGAACGUGUUGCUCCUGCGUCGAUGGAUGCGAGGACGUGCGAAUGUCGCCGGCUUACUGUCCAGCUGGCCCGAAGCGAUGCAUCCGCGGGGUACAUGUUCCGCAGGUUGCUUUACCCACGACAGUCGUCGGCGAUAGUCGAGUGUUGCUCCAAGUGGUGCGAAACAAUCCGAUCAUGGUUAAAAUGGAACUAUUUCGCAAAUGUGGCGAUCAAGUGGGCGUUCGAGUUCUGCAGGACACACCAAAAGGCACCUUCUUGUGCAAUGCAGCUGGCGACCUUGCGAUGAUUCCAUUGAAUGAGAUAACGACGAACAGCGCAAGCGUUAAUGUUCUCGCGCAGACCGUUGUCACGGAAAUUUCGGACAUGUCCAUUCGUGGAAGGAUCCCCAUCAAAGCAUUUUUCACGUCUGAAUACAUUAAUGCCGGCGAAGAAAUUUUUCGCGCUACUGAAUGAGAUUAAAAUAUUAAUACUCUGUAUGUCGAUCGAAAAAUACGGGAGACUCAUUUUCAAUCAUCCAAUUCCAUUUCAUUCUCGAUUCGUUCAGCGAAAUAUAAAUACACAAG